AUUAUCACGUGAAUUGCGUGAAGCGAUCACGUGAGCCAGACUUAGUUGAUCUGGGACACAUUAACAGAUACUGGGGUUUCUUCUGAUUAACUGUUUAUAAUACAGAGGUAUCACUUUAUGUCCGUUGCUGCCGUGUCAAUUUAAUCUCUAGAGUUUCGCAUUGUUUGGGGUGUGACCCGUCACUAAUCUGAGGUCUAAUCUGCUGUUGACCACCAUGAGGCUGGUGAUCCUGGAGGACUACGACCUGGCCAGUGAGUGGGCCGCCAAGUACAUCCGGAACAGAAUCAUCACGUUCAGACCCACAGCCCAAAGGUACUUCACCCUGGGCCUGCCCACAGGAAGCACUCCAUAUGCCUGUUAUAAAAAGUUAAUUGAAUAUCACAAGAGUGGGGAUCUUUCUUUUAAAUAUGUGAAAACCUUCAACAUGGAUGAAUAUGUGGGCCUGCCCCGCGCCCACCCUGAGAGCUACCACUCAUACAUGUGGAAUAACUUCUUCAAGCAUGUUGACAUUGACCCGGCAAAUGCUCACAUCUUGGAUGGAAAUGCACAAGACCUUGAAGCAGAAUGUGCUGUCUUUGAGAAAGACAUUGCUGACGCCGGAGGAAUAGAUUUAUUUGUAGGAGGCAUUGGCCCGGACGGCCACAUAGCCUUCAAUGAGCCGGGUUCAAGCCUUGUAUCGAGGACCAGAGUGAAGACCCUGGCCAAGGACACCAUAGUGGCCAACGCUCGCUUCUUCGGGCAUGAUCUCUCCAAGGUGCCCACCAUGGCACUAACUGUCGGGGUUGGGACUGUCAUGGAUUCCCGAGAGGUGAUGAUUGUAAUCACGGGUGCUCACAAAGCUUUUGCGCUGUACAAAGCCAUCGAGGACGGGGUGAACCACAUGUGGACGGUCUCAGCCUUCCAGCAGCAUCCACGCACCAUCUUUGUCUGCGACGAGGACGCCACACUGGAGCUGCGCGUCAAAACCGUCAAGUACUUUAAAGGUUUAAUGCAUGUUCAUAAUAAACUUGUGGACCCAGUGCUUACCAUGAAGAACGAUUUGUCUUGAAGUGAAAGUGAUGAAUAAAUACCAACCAAAAUGUUGAAAAGGAAAGAAGAACCAUAUCCAGAAAUUCUUCAAGCAACCACGAUUGUCCCCUUUACCUUCAAUAAUGACUGUUUGGUUUAAGAUAGUAUUUGGCAAAUUUGCCUGAAAAGCAUUUUAAUGUUUACAUAAAAUGAAAAUCGGUCACAAAAAAAUGUGUUUGUACUUGUAAGUUUUAGUAUUUCUUAUUCUGAUUCAAGUCAACAGUUGUUAAUUGUACUUACGGUUUUUCAAAAGUUACAAGGUCGAAAGGCAUUUGUCAUCAAACCACUCUAGUGAAUAUUCCAUAGUAAAGGUUUAUUUUUUCUUUGCAUAAAAACAUUGCAAUACAAGAUAUACUUGUUCAACAAAGUUACUGAUGGGAUAGAAUCAAAUACUCUUUUAUUUUUUUCGUAUCUGAGCAGAACCAGAAUGUGUGCGAAUGGCUUAAAAAUAAAAAAUUCAGGUUUUGCGUAAUGCUAUUAA